AUGGCAUUGCUCCCAAGUUUUUUCAUUCUUCAAUCCGGUACGAGAUACUUGAACCUAACCCAGAAUAUCCCGGCCAGCCUACCAUCAGGGUUCCUUAAAUUCGACGAAGAACAAAUAUGGAGUCCAAGGGUGAAGUUCGCGGCAGAGCCUGCAAAAACUGGAGAUGGCCGAUUUGUUCACAUAAGGUCGUUAUACAAUAACAAGUACUUGGUGAAGAAACAAAUCGAUGGUACAAAAUCUUGGAUUAUUGCAUCUGCCAAAGAACCAGAGGAAGACACCUCAAAAGACUCAUGCACCUUGUUUGAGGCUUAUUCCCUGAAAGAUGAUCAGCCAACAAGCAUCCGCCUACGCCAAGUUCAGACCCAAAACUCUGUAACCCUCACGGCGUCAAGCUCAGAAGGUGAUGCCCAGCAGCAAGGGUUGCAGCUAGCAUCCUCAAGUAGUAGUACUGGAUCCGUUUUUAGUGUAAUUGAUCGGGAGAGUCUAGUGGUGCUUCCAUCUAAAAUAGCAUUUAAAUCUAAUGAAUAUUACCUCCAAUCCAAGCUCAUUGAGGGACACGGAUAUCAGAGGUUCGACCCUGGAUUGAAUAUCGCAGAGCCAACGGUGGCUAAGGAGCUUAUCCCUGCGGCUGACGGAAACUAUCGUAUCAGGGAUGAGUACUGGAACCAGUUUUUAACGCGUCACGGAACCUGGAUAUGGGCCGACUCCCCAGACACCAACCUUUCUGUAGACACCAAGUUUUCCUUUGUCAACAUAGAGAACAACAUCUUCGGCCUUCGCAGUUUGGGCAACAACAACUUUUGUGGCCCAUUCACCGAUGCAGGAAAAACCAACUGUUUAAACGCCCGUUAUCCGACCUUGACAAACUCUGCAAGGCUCAUUGUGGAGGAGCGUGUCCUUAAACGAGAGAUCUUCAAUCUCGAGUACCAGCUCUCCGGCGUAAAACCUUAUGAUGAGAAACCAAUGUCAGUUAAAUCAAUGAUUGUAAACAACGAAACUGACACGGAAACCAUAGACACCCUCAGCUAUCCUUUAGAUAAGUCUAGAACCACUUCCUGGAAUAACAGCCAGACAAUAAAUCUUGGUGUAUCAGUGUCAAUGUCAGUCACUGUUGUACCAUUUAUUUUUGAGGGGGACAUCAAGUUGCAUACUGAGUUUUCUAGUACGCAGGAGUGGGGAGAGACCACAACAGUGGAGGAUGUAAGAAAGUCGGAACACAAAGUUACUGUUCCACCACACAAGACAUACAGGAUGACAUUGAUGACUACCUUGGGUAAGUGCGACGUUCCGUUCUCUUACACCCAGCGUGAUCUUUCUACUACAGGCGAAUGGGUUGAAACUAGAAAGGAUGACGGCCUUUUCACUGGCGUCAACAACUAUAACUUUUAUUAUGAGGUUGUCGAUAUAACAGAAUAG